AUGGCCGCCAAAAAGUGUAAAAAAUGUCACAGGAAGAUUAAACAGGUCCCAAACUGGGCUUUAGAGCUUCAUGGAUUGUCCCAGUACUUUCUGGUGGGUCGUUGGGACUAAAUAAAGUGUGUCCUUUCAGUCUGACAGGUAUGAAAAGCGGAUGUGGAUAGUGAUUAUCGGAAUAUGUUUUGUGUUUGCUGGCGUUUUUACAAAUAUUCUGAUCAGGGAAUACAUGGAGAGACGGACAUCUACUGUUUUUGAAUAUCAUCAAUUAAGUUUAUGUAUCAUAUGUUACAGUAUACUUUUACAUAGUAAACUAAUGCAUAAUGAGUUUUAGGUAGACAAGAUUAGGUAUCCUGGAGUGACAAUCUGCCCAAACAAUGGCGACGCUAUUCAUUAUCGGGAUCUGGAAAUAGGUAAUAGUAAUGUUUUAUAGAUUAUUGAAGCAUAAUGUAAUGUACAGUAUCAUACUGUACUUUGAGGUAGCCUUCUAGUGUCGUUGUUGUAGAUAUGAGGUCGAGGAUGGAGAAUAUAACAAAUGCAGAGGUGGACGAUCUGAUUAUCUUUGCUUUGGCUGGCUCUGGAGUUGAUGGGUUUCAGACCAAGGUUUCGUUGUGGGACCCAGAUGACAUUCAGAAGUUGACGUUGAUGAUAGAAACUUGGAGGGGUGACAGAUCGUGGAAACAGUUUUUUGAGUUUGUUUUCGAUCGAAACGGUUAUACUUGUGAAGAAGUGAGUUCUUUUUACUUUCAAUUACAAUGAUAUACAUUCGACGUUUACUUUAUAUCGAAGUUAAUUUUAUAAACAUACUUACUGUCGCUUUUAGUUGUUUUACAAGUGUUUCUACGGUCAACAAACAAUAAAUUGUUGUGAGAUCUUCCAACCGGUCUAUGUUAUCCUUGUCGGAAGAUGUUUCCAGCUCCAGGAGUACUAUCAGACAGCUCCAAACGACUGGGGCCGGCUUCAUAUCUACAUGAACGAGCUUCCAAGCUACUUCCUGUCAGCGUCUGGUAAACAGGUAUGUUAUAAUCCUUGCUUAUAAUGCAUACAUUGUUAAUGGGGAAUUCUGUAAUUUACUUUUACUUAGUAAGAUAACAUGAUAUGUUGAUUUAUGUGCAAUGUCAUGUUAUACUAUAAGAUUAUCUGAGUGUAGACUAAUAUUACUGUCAAUUUUAAGAACCACAUGAUACUGUACUUAUCUGACAACUACAGUGAUGUGGCACGAUAUCCGAAGGUUCCAUUGGGUCCCCAGAUUCUGAACAAAAUAGGACUUCAGAUGCGGACCGUGGCCAUGUCCGAAGCCGAUCAACAUUGUAGUAACUCUGAAGAAAGUAAAGGGCGUGGCACUUGUUUUGCCAACAGAUGGUUGACUCAUCAGCUAAUAGAGCCUCUAAACUGUACAGUACACUACUUGGACCACAAGACUAACGAGUAUACUGUAUGUCAUCCUACUGUAAUCAUUACCAACUACAAGAAUGUCACGACUAAUCAUGUAGACACGAAAUCGGUAAGUAGAGUUAGUUACUGUAGUUUUUUAUUACUUUAAAGGUGUGUACCGUACGUUUUAAGUCUGACAUUACUUUAUAUUAAUAGUGUUGUCUGUUAUGGUAAGUCGAUUAAUGUGAAUCGUAUUUUAGUGCCGACCAGCAUGUAAUCGAGAGAUUCUGACAGAACAACUUCAGACGGGCAAGGUAGCCGGCUACAGUUCCGCCAAGGCUGAUUACUCUGUAGUUAUCAGCUACAGUGAUAUGCAGGUAGGUCUUUGAACUUAAAUAACAUUAGUUACCAUAUACUGCCACUAAUAUGACAUUUUAUGAUAACAUCAUAUUACUGUUAAUGUGUAAUGAUGUUAUAUUAUGUAUGAAAAUAGGUGGAAGCAUAUCGUGAGAACGUUCGUAUCACGCUAGCUGGCUUUGUCUCCGAGAUUGGAGGUCAGUUCAUGUUAUUCCUGGGGCUCUCGCUGAAUACCGUAAUUCAGAUGUCACUUCUAAUUGGCAAUUUCAUACGAAAGCUGGUGACUCGACAGUGCAAUCUUGUGGUAUAA